GGCACAGACUGAAGCGUCGGGAAAGUGGGAGAGAUGUUUGCGCAAUUGUUUCAGCGGUCUAAUUGCUUGCUCAAUCAACGGAAUCGCUAUCAAUUGCUCGCCACGGUGCUCAUUAAUCUAAUAUGCAUAUCACAUGGCAUGGGCAUCGGCUGGCUCUCGCCCACAUUGCGCAAACUGCAGUCGACGGACUCUCCGCUCCAAUUUUCACUGGAUGUCAAUGAUGUUUCCUGGGUCGGCUCGGCCUUGGGGCUGGGCUCAGUGACGGGCAAUAUAAUAUGUGGACUCUUAAUUAAUCGCAUUGGAGGCAAGCUCUGUUUGCUGUUAAUAGCUGUGCCCCACUCGUGUCUUUGGUUUUUGGUCUACUUUGCGCAGAGCGUCGAGUUUCUAAUUGUGGGCCGUUUUCUGGCUGGCAUUACGGGUGGAGGCAUCUAUAUAAUACAUCCCAUAUUCCUCAGUGAAAUUUCAGAUGCCAACAUUCGAGGGACGUUGGCCUCCAUGGUCAUGCUCUCUGUAAAUAUUGGUAUACUUCUGGGCUAUAUACUCGGUACACAUUUGGCGUACUACUCAGUACCGUUUGUGGUCCUCCUUUGUCCCUUGAGCUACUUCGCCCUCAUUUUGCUGUUCAUUCGAGACUCGCCGAUGCAGCUCAUACGAGAGCAAAGGUUUGCAGCAGCUGAAAAAUCAUUUAGAUACUAUAAGAACAUUAAAGAUAGCGACAGCUUAGAUAAGCAAUCGUUGGCUACGCUGGAAUUCGAGAAUAUAAAAAUGAAGCUAACCAACGAGGAUGAUAUGCCGGACAAGGUCAGCCUGAAGGACUUUUUAACACCUGCCGCCAUCAAGGGCUACGCCAUGGCUGGGGUAAUAGUCAUUGCCAAUCAGUUCAGCGGCCUAUUCACAAUGGUCAACUAUAUGUCGGAUAUAUUUGCAAAGUCGGGCAGCAGCAUGGACCCAAAUACCAGCUCGAUUAUUAUUGGAGUAGUUCAAAUUUUGGGCGCCUACAUGAGCACGCUCCUGUGCGACGUCUGUGGACGCAAAAUACUGAUGCAAGUCUCAUCAGCGGGCGUGGCCAUGAGUCUAACAGCCUUUGGCCUCUUCACACACUUUGCCAGCAUUUACGACCUGAGCGAAUGGAGCUGGGUGCCAGUGGCCCUGAUGUCGCUUGACAUAUUUCUGGGCAACAUUGGUUUGAUAAGUUGCAUUUUUGUGUUGAUUGUCGAAAUGUUCCCAAUGAAGAUACGCGCUCGGGCAACGUCUGUAGCAAUUGUUGUCUGCAGCUCGCUGGUAUUCCUGAUGCUCAAUAUUUUCCCUCUGUGCAUGGAGCACUGGGGUCUGCCAGCUACCAUGUGGUCUUGUGCGUGUAUAACAGCUGUUUGCUUUGUAUGCUUUUCGUUAUUCUUGAAAGAAACCAAAGGCAAAUCCAUGGUCGAGGAUUGACUUGAAAUAAA